GAAAGAAAACCACAGAGCAGAGUACCACGUAGUCUUUCUGUUCACUUUGUUUCAGAAACUCUUCAGGCUCUUCCUACUGUCCUCUUCCACCUCCUCUCUUCUCUAUUUCACAGAUGUCGCUGAGGCAGGUGACCUGAUCCAAACCUGAAGAAUUCAGGGGAGGAAGGGAAGCCUUCUGCUUGAGAAACUUUUCCAUCCUUGAUAUACACAGGAAAUGAAGACAUCACCUGCCAUGCUUGGAAUUGGGAAAUUGUUUUGGGUCCUCUUCCUGAUCCCACAUUUGGGCAUCUGGAGUAUCGACGGGGAAAAACCAUGUGAUGUACAGCUUUACAUUAAGAGAUAUUCCAUACACACUGUGUCAGCAGGGAAUCCAUUGCAACUGGAAUGUCCUGUAAAAUACUGUGCGAACAGACCUAACGUGACCUGGUGCAAGCUCGAAGGAAAAAGCUGUUCAUAUCUGGGGAAUACACCUCAGAGACACACGAGUUGGGAAGUAAGGAACAAUAGUUCCAUUUUUGUUCUUCAUUUUGAUCAAGUGCUUGUUAGUGACAAUGGAUCAUACCGCUGUUCUGUGAAUAUUCCAUCUGGACUCAUUGCAAGCCACUCAGUAACCAUUAAUGUGACAGAAUGGACUCAAAAUAGUUCAGAGCAUCCUCUAAUAAAUACAACCAGUGCCUCAGGACCACCCUUCGUGGAAGAGAUCGUGGACAGACGAUGGAUCCUCUAUGGUUUUCUUCCUUUGGGGGCAUUGCCUUUGCUCAUUACCUGUUUCUACCUGGUCUGCUGCCUGAGAAGGCACCAAGGGAAACAAAAGGAGCCUUCUGAUACAACAGGAAGGGAAAUUAACCUGGUUGAUGUUCCCCAGCCCUUUAGGAGUGAACACACUGAAGUGGGCACCAGGCAAAACUCCCAAACACUGCAAUCAGAAACUGGAAUUUACGAUAAUGACCCCUGGUUCAGAGUCCAGGAAGAGCCUGGGGUUUAUUCUAACCCGUGUCUGGAGGAAAACAAACAGGGCAUCGUUUAUGCUUCCCUGAACCAUUCCAUCAUUGGAAUGAACCCAAGACAGGCAAGAAAUGUGAAUGAAGCACCUACAGAAUAUGCAGCUAUAUGUGUGAGGAGUUAAAUUUGGUCCUGCUCUCCACCCAGUAACCAUCAGCAUGGCAGCACCAUUGUCUGAGCCCACAGAGUGUCAAAGAAUAUUCCUUGACCUGAGAAGUUUCACUUUAAGAAGGUUCAUGUUGGUGCUUGGGUCUUAAGGGUCCAUAGGACAAAUGACUAAAAUUUCUCCCAGAAACUUCUUUGGGAGGCUUUUAUACUAUAGUCUUAACAAAAUCUUCUCUCAAAAACUGAGUGAUAUCCUGAGUAGCAGAGUAGUAGAACAUUUAAACUUAGCUACAUUUUACCCAAUAUACAAACUCAAUAUUUUCUUUGGAGCUAUCAGAGACACAUGUAGGGAAGUGAAGUUUGUGUUAUCUGGGUCAGUUCACUACACUCUCUUGAAAAAGAAAGAAUGUCCCGAUUAACUAACUAACCAUAAAUAUAGUAAUGGUAGUAUGUUUAUUUCUAGUCAAUCUUCCAUAAUAAGAAAUUUUCUUCUGUCAAUCUAAUACCGGGGUUUCUUAAAUGUAAAGGGGAAAUAACUUUAGAUCUGAUGAUAUUAGAAAAGAAUGGAAAGGAUAAAUGGUGCAAUAAAUAUGUGGAAUACACCAACUGGAUGUGAGGUAGAUGUUCCCCAUAUCUGACAAACAAAUGCCUAUAUCUAUCCUAUUAGAUUGCUAAGCAAAUAUAGAUAGUAGUGGAGCAAUUAACGUAUGGUGCACUUAUAAACAAAAUGGUGACUCAGUGUUUGGGUCACAUAGACUAACGUAUAUGAAUGUGACAUAAUGCUGCUGAAUUAAUAUACUCGUGGGUGUCAGAAUAAAUGCAAAAAUCAGUGAGAAUAGUUAGUGUCAGGCAAGGGAAGGUUGAUGGCUUAAACUGUUUCAUAGUUAACCUGAUAGCAAACUAAAGGCACAAUUAAUGGAAUGGAGAAAGUCCAGAAUAUUUAAUUGGCCAGUAUGGGUCAUCAUACUUUCAUUCACCACAUCCGUACCUUGCUGUUCUUCUUACUAAGGAAUCAGAGAAAAUCAUACAUAGUGAAGUAGUACAGUUUGGUAAACAUUCCUUUAAAAAUAUUAAGGUUGCAGCCACUUAUGAGUAUAGCGAGAAGAGAUGGCUUCAGAUUUUCUGAAUUUCCAGUGUACUUGAGUCUAUUCCAAAAACAGCCUACAACUUUUUUAAACAGCUUGAGGCUAUUAGCGUUCUCGGGUGCUGCUACAAAAUAAUGCAAUAGACUUCAUACAGAGUGGAUAGCAAAGGUUAGGACUCAUUUGAACAAAUAUGUGAACUCCUGCACAAACGUAUGUGGGGUGUGUGUGUGUGAGUUAGUAUAUAGAAGGAUGGGUAGGUGACUUACAGAAAUGGUAAAAGAGAAACUGACAAGUUGACAUUCCAUUUCAGCUUGCUAAACGAGCUCAAAAUACUAGAGUAAAUGAAUCAUUAAGGAAAAUAUAUGAAAAUAUUGUAUGAAAUUACGGAGACGGGAGUAUGACAUCCCAUAAAAUUUUUGUCCUAAAAGAUAAAAUUUGAGAUUUUGUGGCAGAGCUUUUCUUAUGUAACAUUGGCAUUAAGAUUUUGCCCCUUAGAUUGGGGCUGUGAGUGCUGUUUUAGAGUCAUUGUUAUCUAGUCAGUGUGAUAUCAUUACACCUAGAGUUUUGAGUAACCAAUUCUAUGUAGGCUCUUUUAGCCAAGCUGCAUUUAUGGGCAACUUAGAUACAAAAGAUGUAUUAGAAUAGCUUCUUGUGGUAUUCUUAAAAAUAGAAACAGGAAGUAUGGGGAGGAUCCAUUUUGCUGUCCUUAUCAGAUAAACACACAAAGCUGAACAGUUCCUUCAGAAUUUUCUUGAAUUUAAAAAAACAAGAAAAUUUUCUGUCUAUUGUUUAGAAUAUUCUUUUUUUUCUUUUUUUGGGGGGAAGAUCAGCCCUGAGCUAACAUUCAUGCUAAUCCUCCUCUUUUUGCUGAGGAAGACCGGCUCUGAACUAACAUCUAUUGCCAAUCCUCCUCCUUUUUUUCCCCAAAGCUCCAGUAGAUAGCUGUAUGUCAUAGUUGCACAUCCUUCUAGUUGCUGCAUGUGGGACACGGCCUCAGCAUGGCAGGAGAAGCGGUGCGUCGAUGUGUGCCCGGGAUCCGAACCCGGGCCACCAGCAGUGGAGCUCACGCACUUAACUGCUAAGCCAUGGGGCCGGCCCUAGAAUAUUCUUAACAUGUCUUAUAGUAAAUACAAUGUUGAUAAUGAUUCACCUCUGUAAAUGAUUUAUAUAUAUAUAUUUGUACCAUGCUGCCAAAAUCACAAAUCAUUUAUGUUUUUAUUCCUUCUUAAAAAAAGGUGUCAGGAUUAUAUAUGUAUUUCCCAAAUAAAUCUAUUUCGGUAUUAUUUAUGUGGUUUAUUUCACUAAUGAAAUGUAUGAAAAAGAAUAUGUAGAUAAUUUAAUGAUUUUCCAUGGAUUUUAAGAUUGUUGAUUGUUCCUAAUAGGAAGGUACAGUUAUUAGAACUUAUUUAGAAUCAAUUUGGUAUUGGCUUUUGUUCCAAAAAAUGCAUGGACAUGAAAUAGAAGAGUGAUUCUCAAACCUUAUGGCACAUAAAAACAGCCUGAAAAGCUUGCUAGAUUACCAACCUAUAGAUUAUCAACUCCCAGCACUAAGGAGUUCUAAUUCAGGAGACCUGGGAUAUAGCUCUAUAAUCUUCACUGUUAAAAGACACUCCCGCCCCCGAUAAUUUUGAUAUGGGUUUUCCAAUGUAGAGGCUACUUUGGUAUAUGUGGUUUAUUCAGUUUUGCCCACCAAUCAAGACUUUCUAGCCCCCAGAAUAGAUUCUCUAGACUGAGCAUAUCUCUAUCUAUCUAUCUAUCUAUCUAUCUAUCUAUCUAUCUAUCUAUCUAUCUAUACUUUUUUAAAGAGCAGGUUUAGAUUCAGCAAAGUUGAGUGCAAGGUACAAAGAGUUUCCAUUUACCCCGCCCCCCCCACACACAGCGUCCCCCAUCAUCAACAUCCUGCACCAGGAUGGUACAUUUGUUACAAUCAAUGAACCAACAUUCACACAUCAUUAUCAACCAAAGCCUAUAGUUUACAUUAGGGUUUACCCUUGGUGUUGUAAUUCUGUGAGUUUUGACAAACAUAUAGUGACAUGUAUGCUUUAUCACAGUAACCUACAGAAUAGUUUCACUACUCUAAAAAAUCUCCUGUGCUUCAUCUAUUCAUCCUUCCCUCCUUCCCAAGUCCUGGCAACAACUGAUCCUUUUACUGUCUCCAUAGUUUUGCCUUUUCCAGAAUAUGAUAUAGUUGGAACUAUACAGUAUGUAGCCUUUUCCAAUUAGCUUCUUUCACUUAAUAAUAUGCAUUUAAGGUUCUUCCAUGUCUUUUUGUGGCUUGAUAGUUCAUUUGUUUUUAGUACUGAAUAAUAUGCCAUUGUAUGGAUAUAUCACAGUUUAUCCAAUCACCUACUGAAGGACAUCUUCCUUGUUUCCAAAUGUUGGCAAUUAUGAAUAAAAGUGCAUAAUCAUCCAUGUACAGGUUUUUGUUAGACAUCAGUUUUCAACUCAUUUGAGAAAAUACCAAGGAACAUGAUUGCAGGAUCGUAUGGUAAGAGUAUGUUUAGUUUUGUAAGAAACUGCCAAAGUAUCUUCCAAAGUGGCUGUACCAUUUUUCAUUCCCACCAGCAAUGAAUGAGAGUUCCUUUUGCUCCACAUCCUCAUCAACAUUUAGUGUUGUCAGUGCUCUGUAUUUUAUCCAUUCUAAUAGGUAUGUAAGGGUAUCUCAUUGUCCUAAUUUGCAAUUUCCUAAUGACAUAUGAUGUUGAUCAUCUUUUCAUAUACUUGCCAUCUUGUGUAUCUUCUCGGUGAGAUGUCUCUUUAGAUCUUUUGCCCAUUUUUAAAUCGAGUUUUUUUUUUCUUAUUGUUAAGUUUUAAGAGUUCUCUGUGUAGUUUGGGUAACAAUCCUUUAUCAAAUAUGUCUUUUGCAAAUGUUUUCUCCCAUCUGUGGCUUGUCUUCCUAUUCUGCUAGUGGUCAUGUCAUUAUGUUAAUGGUCAUAUCAACACGUAUUUGUUAUUAUGUUUGCUGCUACAUUAGAUUGUGGGCUUCUUAUGGGUGAGGAUUAUGUCACACUCCUCUUUAGUUUCUUAGCCCAA